GAUAGAUCAGUUCAGUUUACCAUGUCGAAAAUGGUUUCAGGUAAGACUCUGCUGUCGUUCGUAGUGAUUCUUUUCUUGGUGGCUUGUGUUCUAGAGGUACAUGAGGUGCAAGGUACGAGUCUCACGAACAGAGAUCAAGGACAGAAUCAGACGGAAAUGAUGGAACUUUUGAAGAAAUUGCAGGCAAGAGUAAAGCAACUGGAAGGCAAGGAAAAGUCAUGCUUGCAAGGAAGAGAUGGUCGUGAUGGAAUGCCUGGACCACCAGGUGCACCAGGUUUCACAGGUAUACCAGGACCGCAAGGUCCACCUGGUCAAGGAGGGGUGGUGUACAUACGAUGGGGAAGGACAACAUGCCCUUCGGAUACUACAGUUGUUUAUCAAGGUCGUACUGGUGGCCAGUACUACACGUCCACGGGAGGAGGUUCUAAUUACGUGUGUCUCACCUUAAGCCCAAAAUUUGGAAAGUACAAAGAUGGUCUUAAUAAUAACGGAUACAUUUACGGCUCGGAAUAUGAGAUUGCUUACUUCAACCCUCUCACCAACAAAAACCUUCAACAUCGAGCUGCUCCGUGUGUAGUCUGCCACGUCCAAACCCGAAGCACCAAGCUGAUGGUCCCUGGAACGUACGCGUGUCCCGCGGGAUGGAGGAGAGAAUACUGGGGAUACCUGAUGAGUGAAAAGCAUGACCACAAACAUACCACAGAAUACAUCUGUGUAGAUAAAGAUGCCGAAUACGCUGCAGGAGGUAGCGGUAACCAUGGUGCCCUGCUGUAUCCAGUUGAAGGACGCUGCGGUUCUUUGCCUUGUGGUCCAUACGUAGAGGGUCGUGAACUGACAUGCGCAGUGUGUACCAAAUGAGCAACAAAACAAUACAUAAGGCAAUGAACUACUGGCCAACGAAAAGUGAUCCUGGACAACACAACACGAUUACUUCGAUUUUAGUUCUCAAACUAUGCUAGAUUAAGAUGAAUUUGUUUACUAAUAAUAAACCAAAAGAUAGAUAGAUUUAAGAAGCUAAUGUAAAAGAAUAAUAACUGCAUAAAUGAAAUGUGAGGAAAGUGCGAGAAAAAGUCAAACCCAGAAAAAUAAAAUAGAAAGCAAAUAAAGCAGAUGACGAGCAUCAA